AUGCUCGAUGCAGCAUCAAGUGGAGCUCUAUGGGCUAAGAACUAUGAUGAGGCUUAUGAGUUGAUCGAGAUGAUGGUUGCGAAUGAAUAUCGGAAUCCUACUCAGCGUCUUCAUCAGGGCAAAGCAGCAGGAUUUCUAGAUGUUGAUGCUACUACAGCCUUGACUGCUCAAAUUAAGGCUCUUACUAUGAAGAUGGAUUCUUUGGUAAACUUGGGAAUUCAGCAGCCACCUUCAGUUUGUGAGCUUUGUGCGGGUACACAUUCCACUGAUCAGUGUGCCAAAUCUAGCGAGUCAGCUCAGUUUGUGAGCAAUUUUCAGCGAUCUCAGCAGCCAGCUCCGGCUACUUAUCACCCGAAUAAUCGGAAUCAUCCCACUUUCAGCUGGAGCAACAAUCAGAACUUCAUGCCACACCCGCAACAUCAAUUUCAGCAGCAAGGAGCUAGACCUUUCAACCCUUCUGGUUUUCAACAACACCAAGCGUUGUCAAUCAAGACUUUAGAGAACCAGAUUGGACAGAUUGCUAACGCGUUGAUUAACAGACCACAAGGAACUCUUCCUAGUGAUAACGAGGCCAAUCCGGGUAGGAAAGAGGUGAAGGAACAGGUACAGGCUGUCACCUUGAGGUCCGGAAGGGUUACGAAGGAGAGAGAGUCAGCAACAGAGCAUAACAAGGAUGAGAGUGAUCAACAGGUUGAAACACCCGUGCUCUCAUCUAAGUCUGGUAGUGGAAAAACUUUUGUUGACACUGACAAGAAUAAAAUCAAUGAGGAAGCAAGCAAGGAAUCAGCCAAGAAGUCUAGUCCUAAAGCUGAUAUUGGGGUCAAGCUAGUAUAUCCACCUCCCCCUUUUCCGAAGAGACUUCAGAAGCAUAAGCUAGACAAACAAUUCGCUAAAUUUCUAGAGGUUUUCAAGAAAUUACAAAUCAACAAACCUUUUGUGGAGGCUCUAGAACAAAUGUCGAGUUAUGCUAAAUUCAUGAAAGGUAUUCUAUCUCGGAAACUCAAACUUGAGGAAUUAGAGACUAUGACUUUGACCGAGGAGUGUAGUGCGGUGCUGCAGCAGAAAUUACCUCCGAAACUCAUGGAUCUGGGGAGUUUCACAAUACCGUGUACCAUUGGACCAUUGUCAUUCGACAAGUGUUUAUGUGACUUGGGAGCUAGCAUUAAUCUAAUGCCAUUAUCUGUCUUCAAGAAACUUCGGUUACCGGAGCCGAAACCUACAAACAUGUACUUACAACUGGCUGAUCGGUCCAUCACAUACCCGAGAGGUAUAGUGGAAGACAUCUUGGUUAAGGUGGAUAAGCUCAUCUUCCCUGCUGACUUUGUCAUUCUAGACUUUGAGGAGGAUAAGAAGAUUCCCAUCAUCUUGGGAAGGUCGUUCUUAGCUACAGGCCAAACUUUGAUCGAUGUGCAAAAAGGAGAGCUUACAAUGCGAGUUCAAGAUCAGAGUGUCACCUUUAAGGUGUUCAAUGCAAUGAAAUUUUCAACCGACGAAGAAGAAUGCUUUAAGGUGGAGCCACUAGAAGAUGUUGAAAAUUCUGAGAUUGAGCAAAAGCUAAGGCCAAGUACCUUAGAGAGAGUCUUAACAGGGUAUUCUGAUUUCGAAGAUGAAGGAGUAGCUGAGCUUAAAAAUUUUCAAGAGCAUCUUAAACCAUCUAUUGAAGAACCUCCAAAUCUCAAGCUCAAACUACCACCGGAUCUCUUAAGUGAUGUGCAGUUUAGAAGGUUGUCACGGCGCAUUGAUAACAUGCAUGACAUUCACCGCCAUUUUGCAAAGGAUUUGACUCAGGCUCUUGGGAGUGCUUUUCGAGCCAUUGGUGUUUCUUGGAAGGAGGAUGAAGAGGGGACUCAUAGCUUCAAGUGA